UCGAAUUUUCUAGAAGACACACACACAGAGACGCGAUUAGGAUCCGACGUUUCUCUCGGUCCGAGGAUACCUUUGAAGACAAAUUCAGUAUCUCUGGAGACAAGGUUUGAUAUCUCUUUAUGGAUGGAUCGAUCAGAGCUAGAGAGAGGCCAGCCAGUGAUUGGCACUGACUGGGAGGAAGCAUUUGAACUCUAUUUGAAUGUGAUUGCCUGUGGGAAUGAAGCUUUGCAAGUAAGAGCCACAAUAAAGCUCGCUAGUCUUGCUAAAACUGCACCUGAGGAUAUUUUAGCACGCUGCAUACCAGUACUUGUGGAACUCCUUGGAAGACCUUUAUCUGAUUCAAAUCUGUCUAUUCAGGAAGCUGUUGCAUUCUGCUUAAAAUGCAUUGCUAGUCAAGGCGAGGGCAAAUUAGCUGUUAUCAUUGGCCACUCUGGUGCCAUCGCUUAUCUCUUGAACUUGUUACCACAUUCUGAUGGUCGUUUAAGGACCACUCUGCUAAAAUGCCUUAGGAAUAUAGUUACAUUUGGUGCUGCUAAUCGCAUAGUUGUGGCGAAGGAUGGUGGGCUAGAAGUUAUACUGAAUAUGCUUAACUCUUCCCCUGAGGGUAUGAGGCAAUACUUGUUAGAGAUUUUGAGUGCACUAGCCCUGUUGAGAGAAGUUAGGAGGGUCAUCACCAGUUUAGGCAGCCUUCCUUUUCUUGUUGAAUCUGCUGGGUCGGGCAGCAUGAUAUCGAGAACAAGAGCUGCUCAGGCAAUUGGAUUACUUGGGUUGGUCAAAAGGGCCAGGCGGAUCCUCGUUGAUUCAGGUGCAAUACCAGUGCUUAUCAAAUUACUUCAGGAUGGAGAUGUCUCAACAAAACUAGUAGCUGGCAAUGCUCUCGGUGUAAUCUCAUCCCACACUGAAUAUAUUAGGCCAGUUGCCCAAGCAGGAGCCAUUCCUUUGUUUCUUGAGCUUAUUCACGGGCCUGAACCCAUGGGCAAGGAGAUUGCAGAGGAUGUCUUUUGCAUUCUAGCUGUUGCAGAAGAAAAUGCCAUUACAAUCACCAAACACUUGGUGAGAGUCCUUAGCGGGGACAAUGACGAAGCCAAGGCAUCAGCUGCCGAUAUCCUGUGGGAUCUCUCAGGCAACAAGUUGUCUUAUGUUAUCCGGCACUCUGGUGCAAUUCCUGUCUUGGUUGGGCUUUUGAGUGAUGCCAGUGUUGAUGUUCGAGAGAAGGCUUCUGGGGUUGUUUCACAGUUGAGCUACAAUGAGGCUGAUCGAGCUGCGCUAGCUGAUGCAGGGGUAAUCCCACUUCUCCUCGACAUGCUGCAAGAUGAGUCCGAGGAGGCAAGGGACAAUGCUGCAGAAGCGAUUGUCAGCUUUUCAGAAGACCCGUUGCUGCACGACAGGAUAUCGAUGGCAUUCAGCACGCCUGCUUUCCGGAGUAUGCAGCGCAGAUUAGUUCAGAUUCAUGCUUCUAAUGCGGAUCCGUUUAGGUCUUCAGGACAGACGAGGAUUGAGGGUCUCAUCUGAUGGAUCUUGCCUUCUCAACUCACUCCCUGAUGAAGCAAGGAAAUUGGCUUAUACAAUUAAUUAGGGGCAUAAUCGAAGACAUUGGAUUACCCAUUUUUUAUUGCUCAAAUUCAAAGGCCAAUUAUGGAGUCUAGAGGAUGUUUCAAGUGCACUUGGUUCAACUAUCAAAUGGAAUCCAACCAAAGGCCCAAGACCAAUCAAAGGCCCAACAAAGCCCAAUUUGUAGAAGACUUUUCUUUGUUUUGUAUUUUUUUUAUAAGUGAUUUACCACCUAAAGUCUUUUGUAUUCUUAUGAGUAGUCCACCACUUAAAGUCUUUGGUAUUUUUUGUCUUUUACCUAAUUUUCUUCCAUUAGUUAGGUGAAUGUUUUGUGAGUGUCUAUUAGAUAUAAUUAUGUUUAGUUGAAUAAUUGUGUGGUUUGUAUUGCAUCUUGUGGGCUAUAAAUAGCUCACUUGGGUGCAUUUGUGAGGGAGGUGGUUAUUACUUGAAUCAAAGUUUAGUUUUGUUCUUAAAGUUUCUCUUAGAGAAUUGCUUUUAUUUUCUUUCUUGUUUUCUCUUGUAAUCUUACUUUCUUCUUUUUUUCUUUUAAAUUCUUAUGUCAUUUAUUGUUACUU